UCCAACAAUUAUUCACCAUGUGUCAGUUAUCAAAAUAAAGCCUCUCGCAUAUUUACCACGUUAAUAUGAGAACAAUUUAUCCAAUUCUUGUUGAGAUAGAAUGAGAAAAACCUACAGUGCAGGAAAAUCCGAAGAAAAUAGAGAACUCCGGAAGAAGCAGGAAGCCAGUCAAUUUUUAUGUGUUACUGAUUGUAACAAUCCAUACGUACAAAUGCCAAGCUCUUUAUCUUCGACGGACACUUCUGAAAACGAUGCUUGGAGCAUAUGGAAGAAGGUGAAAAAACCCGGAAAAAUCGUAGAUAAUCGGACCGAUUCGUAUAAGUUAGUUUUCCCACUACGUAGAAUCAACCAGACCACAGAACAACACCCGAUAAAUAAAAUUGGUGGAUUCGCGAAACGUACCGAAAUGAAAGUCGAGUGUCCGAAUCCGAUACAACCUCAAAAGAGUAAACCCAAGCAAGGUGUCCCACAAAAUAAAAUACGUGCAUCAACCUCCGUCAAGAAAAUACCCCUUUCUUCUAUUCACACCCUCAAACGUGUGACUAAGUCACCGGAAGCCAUGUCAAGAAAGAAGAAAACCAUUUAUUCGGACAAAAAGCCCACUUUGUCGGACCACGUAAAGGACUUUCCGGAUCAGAACGAACAUACCAAGCCGAAAGUUUCAUUCAGCGACUACGCGCGUCUCAACGGCAGGUUGGAGAGGCUAGAAAUGUUCCUCACGAAGAACGAGACGGAUUUGUCUGAGGAAUUGAACGAAUUGAUCAGGAUCAAGAAUGAGGGAGUUGCGAAUGGACGUCCUUCUUUGGAGGAGGCCCACUAUCACCCCAUCCCCGAUCCCGUAGCCUUCAUCCCAAGAGUGCGCCGAAUGCGAAUCAACACAGAAAUUCUGCAGUACUACUAUUUGUACGGCAUCGUCACGUUAUUCGGUUUUAUCCUGAUCGCGAUGACCUACUUCUGGUUAACGAUGUACCGCGGAGGCCUCUCCGACAUGAUAAACAUGCACAUCCUCUUCUCUAUGAUCGGUUUCUUCUUCUUGAGCAGCCAGGGUAUCUUGGUGUGCCGCACCACGAGGUACUCGCUCAAGGAGGACUCCCCCAAGGUGACCUGGUGGUCUAACAUGAUCCAUUCCCUGGUCCAUACGGUCUCCGUGGUCGUCAGCUGUACCGCCAUGGCCAUGGCUUUCUCGUCUCGCACCUCAACCGAACACGUGUACACCCUGCACGCUUGGAUAGGCGUCUUGGCUUUCGCCCUCUACAGCUUGAUCUGGUUGAUCAGUUUGGUGUAUUUUCACCCUCGUUUCACGCAGACCAUGCAGUUGGUCAUCCUGCCCACUCACGUUGCCUUGAGCAUGACCUCGUUCUUCAUGAUCGUUUCCGCGUGUUUGUCAGGGUUCAUGGAGGCGGCUGUGACGUAUCUGGGCGACGCGUACGCGGAACUUAAGCCAUCCGGGAUUUUGGUGAACCUCAUCGGGGUUUUCAUCGUGGUUUACUGCGGCUUCUUUAUUUAUCUCAUACAGACGGUGAAGGACGUGUGAGGUGGAGGAUUUGGACGAUGUGGGGAGUUUUGUUUGUUUUGCUAUUGUUAACACUGUUGACAGAAAUAUAGUGUGUGUCUCAAA